AUGAAGACAGUUAAACCCCUAUCCUCAGACCUCUCGUCCAGUCGCAGGGCCCAGCCCAUACGCCAGACUCGGACAAAUCCUCCCAGAUCCUCAAUCCCAGGCGCCAGAUCGUUCCCGUCGAGAGGGUCCCUCAGCGGCGGUCAGGAGGAGAAAGAGAUCGAGAUCUUUCCUGCGAUAACACACUUUGCCGAUGCCAUUACCGCUCUACCAAAGGAGCUUAUGCGACACUUUACAUUACUGAAAGAGGUUGAUGCUAAAAUAUUUGCGCCAGAGGAUGACCUAGGGAAGCUCGUCGACGCUGCGCUGAAUGCUCCUCCACCCGAACGACGACCCCCUCCCGAAAUACAAAAUAAUACCGGUCCGAAAUCUAUCCCUAUGAGUGCGCAAGGUAGCGCCAGUGGCUCAAUCGUCAAUGGCCAUCCCGCCUCUGUCACAUCUGUUCCCGACGCGGAUGUUUACAAUACUGCAAGUGCCGCAUACGAUCCAGCCAACAUCCCUCGUCGACAGCUCUUUCAGCACUGCGCCUAUACAAUGCAGAAUAUGCUGGUUUCGCUUGAUGAGAAGAACCACGUUAUCUCUACGGCAGCGGAAGCUCUCAACAAACAGCUUGCCCGCAUCGACGACUGCUUCCCUCACGUUGAGCUAGAAAUUAGCGAGGAGGCGCGAUAUGGCAGCACUACACAUUGGGCAUAUCCGGAGAAUAGAAUAAGUAAACUAGGGCCCAGCAAUGGGUCAAGGAAAGACGUGGCGCCCGCGAACAAUAGCUCCGGGGCCCAACAACUGACGGAAGACGCGUUGGCAAAAAGCGAUGCGAGGAAGCAAGCUUUACUUGCAAAGAAAUCCCACAAGCAUCAUCAUGCAGAGUCCGACUUCGACGACCAUCACGAUAGCAGACCAAAAGACCAGAAGAAAGUCCAUGGGAACAGCAAGAUUCGGAAAGCGGCAGAUGCAUCCCCGAGCGUGGGGUUGGGCAUUACAAAUGGCUCUGGAUUGAAUGGGAAUCCUCCAAAGCGCCGGAAGGUCGAGAAAGGCCCUUCUGGAGGCGUGGUCAUGGAAAGAGCCGUGAGCGGAGUGUCUGGUAGUAAUGGGACGGCGACGAAAGGAAAGGCGGCGGACUGGGCUGGUGGGCAAGCUCCUCGAGCUCGACAGCGGAGCAUCCCCAAAACGACAAGACCAAGCUUGGGGCCGGAUUCGAAGAAGAAAUCAAGAGGGGGAGGUACAGCGAAUGGACCAACAAGGAAGAGGAACAACACUAUAACAUCAGCGAUGUCCCCAUCAUUAGCCUCCUCCCCAAUACGAAGUACCUUCCCAGACUUGAAGCCGACAGGAAGAGGCUCCCCGCAACCAACCAAUGGUGGCAGGCCACCCUCAUCAAGAGCAAGGCAAAACUCAACACAGUCAAUCGUGGACAAUAACCGACAGAGGCCAGAUCCUGCAGCGUCGGCUAAGCUGAACGGCAAUUCUCCAAACACGCCAGAUCUUGGGGCAGUGGCACCCGCCAGCGGACGAACCACUCUCCCGGAUGUCAAAUCUUCAAUAAAAGAACCGACAUCCAACGCGAAGGGGGAGCCUAUCUUUAAUGAGCUUGACAAGGCGGACCCUGGAGUUAUUGACGGUGGCAUUGGCCACCGGAAGAGUAGUGUAGCAAAACGGGAAGAUGCAGACACAAACGGAGACUCUAUAUCUAACAUCCAAGCAACGACAGUGAUGACGAAGAGCGGGCGAGCCAGCAAGCCUUCAACGCCAGCCAUGUCAUCAUUCCCCGACCAACCACGAUCACGAUCCGCACGCAGCGCGCUAGAACAUACGUCGAAUAACAAGAGAAGUCAUAAGAAAGGCGCCGGUGCUGCGGCACAAAUCAUUGCGCAGCAGAACCUAGAGGUGGAUGAUGCAACGAGUACUGCGCAAGAGGAUGACGAGGACGAGGAGAUCGGUGCCGAUGAACUUACGUAUUGCUACUGUAAUGGGGUGAGCUAUGGAGAGAUGGUAGCAUGCGAUGCAGAUGACUGUGAAAAGGAGUGGUUCCAUCUAGAGUGUGUUGGCCUUAAGGUUGCGCCUAGGGGUAAUGCAAAAUGGUUUUGUAAUGAUUGCAAAGAGAAGAUUAAGACGAAACGGCUUAACGGACGAUAA